CACUCACUCACUCAACUCAAUAAACCAUUUGUUCGCUGCAAAAUCUCCCAGUUAAUCGCUGAAAAUCGAAUACGUCGAUCAAAUUUAAGCCCAAAAAAUGGAGGAAGAUCCUUUUUCGUCGUCGUUCUCUUCUUCGUCUUUACUUUUCAAAGACAUCUCCAAUUUCAAAACCCCAAAACGCCCUUCGAAGCCCCCCGUUUUCCAUUCACCUUGUCCUCAGUACUUCACCGCUUCCAAACAAACCCCGAGGACUUCUUCGUCAUUUCGUCACCGCCGACCUUCCUUUGCCCCUUCCUGUUCCCGCUCCAGAUCCAAAGCCUCCGCUGCCGCCGCCAAGUUCAAAGCCUUCGAGCUCCAGCAAUCUCAGUCGGCUAGGAAAGAGCAGCUCAAGAAAGAACAGUCGCUCAAGUCAUUGUCCAAAUCUCUUACCGUUUGGUUGAAUUUCCUCUUCCAGAACCCUAAGUCUUGCGGAUGUGUGUCCAUCAAUGGCCGUGAUGAUAGGAAUACUGUUCGAGUGGAUAGUGCCUGGAGAAGCCCGAAACGGAUGAGAGAGUUGUGGUGGAGAGGGAAUGAAGCGGAGGAGAACGUAGCGGUCAAUAUUUCAAGCUCGAAUUAUUCCAUUUUGAGGUCUUCGUUGAAGGAAGUUUGUAGUUUCGAUGAUUUUAAGCAGCGGAUGCAGAUUUAUUUGAGUUUGGGGAGUUGCGAGGAGAUUUUCAAUACCAUGACUCAAGUUGUUAAGAAUAUAGAUGAAGGAAGGUUAAAAAUGAAGGCACAUUGUCCUAUAGUUAUUGGAAUGAAGGAAAAUGCAUGUAAAAUUCUUAUGUCUUACAACUCAAGUUGGCUCCGAAUCGGGUUGUAUAUUAUUUUUGGAGGUGAUUCCCUGUUAUCAUCUGAUGGAGAUGAUAGUUCUGUGCAAGAUAUUUCAUUUUUUAAGAUGGUUAUAGAAAAGCAGUUUCUAUCGCACCCUGGACUUGCCAAGGCUUAUGCUUAUAACAAGAAGGUUGAAGGCUUGUACAGACCGGGAUACUAUGAAAAUUUGGGGAAUGUUAUAUUGAAGAGGAUUUUGUUGCUUGUACUUAUCCUAGAUCGAGCUAAAUCUCAGACCAGUCUUCCUCUUAAGUACGGUAUUGAUGGAGUGGAUGGAGGUUCACCUCUUCUAUUCACAGUUUCAUCUGGUAUAAAAUCAAGUCGUCAAGUUCUUAAUGAUUUUUUAUCAUCGGAUGUUAUGCAUGGCGAAGGUAGUCUUCUCGCACAUCUGGUGGUCAUAGGGUACAAAGUUUCUCAUCAGCAGUCUGCCCUUGCUGAGUUUGACUACCAAGUAUCAGAUUUAUUCUUGGAUUUUCAAGAUGGGGUGCGGCUCUGUAGAGUAAUUCAACUUUUGCGACAUGAACCCUCUAUCCUCAUGAAACUAGUAGUUCCUUCAGACAUGCAAAAAAAGAAUUUGGCCAAUUGUGGUGUUGCCCUGCAAUAUUUGGAACAGGCUGGUGUCAUGCUAUGUGAUGAAGAUGGAUUGAAGAUUACAGGAGAUGAUGUUGCUGGUGGAGAUAAGGAACUCACUCUAUCCUUGCUGUGGAAUAUAUUUGUUCACUUACAGCUGCCUCUUCUGAUUGAUAAAACAACUAUUGCUGAUGAAAUAUCCAAAAUAGGUGGCCUUAAUAUGGAAAACUUGAAUGUAAUCAGUUCCACUCUUAUGGGAAUGAUUUUAAACUGGAUCCAGGCAAUUUGUGAAAAGUAUGAUCUUAAGGUUGACAGCUUUUCUUCACUGGUUAAUGGAAAAGCCAUAUGGUGCUUGCUUGAUUAUUACUUCCGCAGAGAAUUGUCCUGUUCUUGUUAUAACAAGGAUUCUCAUGACCCAAGAGGAGAAGAGUCAAUCAUGUCUGCCACAGAUUACACAGAUGCAGUUCACAAUUUUAUGUUUUCACAGAAACUGAUAGCACUAUUGGGAAAUUUCCCUGAGGUUCUGCAAAUAAGUGACUUACUUGAGCAUAAUGGUGCAGUCAGUGAUCAGAGUGUGGUAAUUUUGCUCGUUUUCCUGUUGUCCCAUCUUGUUGUCAAGAAAAAUAUGGAUCAGUUGAAUUUCCAUAAACUAUUGGGUUGCAAUUGUCCAAACCUAGAGAGGAGGCAUUCAUUGACUCGAAGACAGUCAGCAAGUUCUCAAGCUGUUGUGCAAAAGGAAAGAGACAUAGAUAUCACUGAAGAUGCUGCUAAAAAGUUCAAGGCCAUUCACGCUUGGUGGCGAGAUAUGACAGAACAAAACUACAAGAGUUCUGUAAGACCUGCUGCUUCUGCUUCGAAUUGUUUUCCGGCUCAGAGCACAAGCUCUGUCAUUUUAAGAGAAAAUGCUGCAAUAACCAUACAGUCUCAUUAUAGGCGUUUGAUAGAGCGUCACAAUUUUCUGAAGAUGAUGAAAGCAAUCUGUUUAGUCCAAAUUGUUAUGCGUGCGUGGUUGACUGUAAAGAAAAAUUCAGAGCUCAACAAUUUCAAUUUUGCCAGUAUUGAGGAAUUUCCAUCUGAACUCGGGAGAGUUGUAAGGUUUGUUGCUGAGAGGCACAGUUUUGUUAAAUUAAGAAGAUCAGUGUUGCUCAUACAGCAAUCUGCAAGGAUUUAUAUCACUCAAAAACGGAAUGUAUCCCAUCAAAACCUCGUCAAAGCUGCCAUUGUAAUUCAGAAAUAUGUUCGUGGUUGGAUGGUGAAGUCACACAACAUUCUUAGCCAUGCUCAUAAUGAGAAUGCAUCUCUUAAGUGCCGAAUGAAGGGUCUACAUGAUGGUGAUAUAGAAGCUGCAACCAAGAUUCAGAUUGCAAGGAAGAGUUUUCUUCACAGAUCUCAAUCCAAACAAACUUUUUCUGCAACUAAAAUUCAGAGCUGUUUUCGGGGUUGGAGGUUAAGGAGGAGGUUUAUGAAGCAGAAGCAAGCAAUAACAAAAAUUCAAAGUAAUUUCCGACAACUGAAAUGUUGGAGGGUCUUUCAGAUUUCUAGGAAGGAAUUUGUCCGUAAAUCCCUUCAAAAUCAGACAUUAGCUGCUACCAGAAUUCAGACUCAGUUCCGUGCUUGGCUGUUAAGAAGAAGUUAUACAAAGAAGAAACAAGCAAUAAUAAAAAUUCAAAGUAAUAUUCGACGACUGAAAUGCUAUAAGGCCUUUCAGAUUGCUAGGAAAGAAUUUGCUUGUAGAUCUCUUCAAACUCAGACAUUAGCUGCAACCAAAAUUCAGAGUCAGUUCCGUGCUUGGCAGUUGAGAAGAAGUUUUAUGAAGAAGCAAGCAAUAAUAAAAAUCCAAAGUAAUUUCCGACGACUGAAAUGCUAUAGGGCCUUUCAGAUUGCUAGGAAGGAAUUUGCCUGUAGAUCUCUUCAAAAUCAGACAUUAGCUGCAACCGAAAUCCAGAGUCGGUUCCGUGCUUGGCAGUUGAGAAGAAGUUUUAUGAAGAAGAAGCAAGCAAUAAAUAAAAUCCAAAGUAAUUUCCGGCGGCGAAAAUGUUUGAGGGCUUCUCAACAAUGUGAAAAUGCCAACAGAUCAGCUAUCAUCAUUCAAUCUUAUGUGCGUGGAUGGAUAGCGAGGAGAAAAGCUUGGAGAUAUAAGUAUCUUAUUGUUAUGAUCCAAUCACAUUGGAAAGGUUAUGUUGCUCGGAAAGAAUCAAAGGCACGGCUAAAGGAUUUGCGCUUGAGAAUGCAGAAGUCUGCUAAGAAUGUUGACGAUAGCAAACGUAUUAUUAACAGGCUGUUAUCAGCACUUUCAGAACUACGAAGCAUGAAAAGCAUCAGUGGCAUUCUUCAUCACUGUGAGACCUUAGACAUGGCAACAGCCCAUUCUCUGAAAUGCUGUGAAGAACUAGUGGCUGCAGGUGCAAUCGGCAUUCUAAUAAAACAGGUUCGCUCAGCCAGUCGAAGCAUCCCCGAUCAGGAGGUUCUAAAGCAUGCACUCUCAACACUCAGAAACCUUGCUCGUUAUCCGCAUUUGGCCCAAGUGUUGAUCGACACUCCUCCGUCAGUAGAGACAAUCUUAUGGGAGAUGCUCAGGAACAAGGAAGAAGGUUACUUUAUUGCUUCCGAGAUCUUGAAGAAGAUAUGUUCAAAUCCAAAAGGUGUGAAAGCUGUACACAAGGUGCCUGCUCUUUUGAAGAGACUACACAAUCUUGUUGAAGACCUUACAAGGAAAUUAAACAUUGAGAAAAGCAGGAAUCCUCGUACUGCUGCCCUAAAAGAGAGCACAGAUAGAAGAUCUAGGGAGGCAGUCCAACUGCUUAAACUGAUAACACAUGGUUAUCGAAACCAGUAAUCAUCAAAUGGGUGCACGACACGUGCAUGGUUGUUCGGAUUGUGAGAGAUGCACUCUGUAUAUAAAG